AGUUUUUUGGGACGCGCUACGCUUAGCACAACGAUAUUCGACGGCGGCAAAAAUGAAGGAGACGCUCGUUCUCAUCCUCCUUUAUAUCGGACUGGCGGUGACGUCAGAUUUAUCGGGGUAUAAGCCCAGGGGUUGGCGUCCUAAUGGUCGGCGUUUUAAUCCCAACAACAAUCGAUUGCAUGCGUAUUACGAUGCUUCGGGAUUACAAAGCUACGAACUCCCUGAUACCGCAGCUACCUAUCGCGACCCGUUAUUUACUACGACCACGACAACGCGACCACGAACCACCACCGUAAAAACCACGACAACCACACCACGCAGCAGGGAACCUACAACAGCGCCGAAUGAACAGCCCGAGGAUGAUUUCGAGACGACGAACCCGGCUCUAGCGAUCGCGAAUUCUUUCGCAUUCAAUCGACCUAUAUACAUCUACAAUGGUUUCCCGUUUCUGCCCGCUCAGAUUAUCGCGUGAUAACGCGAAAUGAAGAACAUGCGCAUCACAAUAUAUACCGGAAUAAAUGACGAAAAUGGGCAUCCAAUCGUCGACAAAGAUUUGUAAGAAAGAAAACUUCGUAUUUGUAUCUUCUAUCGAAUUGAAUAAGUGCGUUUUUUUAAACACCAUUUGCACAUUAAAUUUCUUACAAAUAUGCAAAAGUUGUUAUUAUGAACAAAUCUACAGAAACAAAAAAUUAUAUAUAUUUUUUUUACCUAGAUCUAGAUAAAUAUAAUACCUAUUUUAGUAAUAUAAAUAAGUUGAUGUUUUAAGAUAAAACUAAGCUCUUAUCUUAAUCGCUAAUCAAUCAUUUCUAUUGCUAAUGUUUGUAUGCAUUAUUCUUGAUUUUAAAUAAAUGUAAAUAAAGACUUUUAAGUAAGAAAUUGAGAGAAAAUAGCACGUGAGAAAAAGAGAGAUGAAAAGAAAAAAAAUUAUUAAUAUUAAAGUUAUUAAUAUUAAUAUCCCCUCCACACAUGCAAACACAGUAAAUUAUAGCGAUAAGCAAAACAUUAAAUAAAGUUUUUU